AUGACCAGUUAUCAGUAUGACAGGUACGCCUCCCUUGUAAAAGAGAGGGAUCAUGGGUCAUACCGCUCGCCCUAUCCUUAUCUUAGCUGCAAGCGGAAGGAAGGUACCAAGUCCAUCCCUAGUCUGCGGGGCACCGACGGGACCCUAGAGGAGUCUCCUCGCGGGAUUCUGAAGGUGGUCCGCGACUACUAUAUUGAGCUCCUCGGAAAGGGCCGCCCCCAAUGUAGCGAGGAGGGAACCUCCCACGGGAGAAGGGUGGAUGACUUCUUGAGCGAGCUCAGGCUCCCUGAGCAUAGCGACCUUUCUUUUGACGAGUUGGUCAGCGAGAUCACCAUAGAAGAGGUCACAGAGAGUAUCCAACAGCAGAACAAGUGUAAGUCGCCAGGUCCUGAUGGUCUGACGGCCGAGUUUUACCAACAGUUCUGCGACCUCUUGGCCCCUCAUCUGACCGAGGUGUUUAAUGAGAGCUUGGCCACCCUCGAUGAGGACUUCUGCCCUGAUCUUGCUGUCCAAGCCGAACGUGCUCGACACAGCGGAUGUGGGGAACUGGCGCCCCAUAUCCCUGUUAAAUGUCGACAGGAAGGUCCUGGCAAAGAUUUUGAUGAAACGAGUACAGGGCAAAGCGAGGCGUGUCCUAUCCACCUCCCAGUACUGUUCAAUCGAGGGCAGAACUGUCUUUGAUGCCAUUUUCGAAGUCAGGGAAGCCCUCGAGAAGUGCAGGGACGGAGAAAGGGGGAUAUACCUUCUGGCACUUGAUCAGUCCAAAGCUUUUGAUCGAGUAGAUCACCGUUAUCUGUGGUCAGUCUUGCGGAAGUAUGGCUUGCCGGGAAAAUUCGUCAAUUGGAUAAUCACCUUGUACAGAGGGGCCGAAAGCUUCGCUCUUGUGAACGGGUGGAGGGGCAGGGCGUUUAGGAUCCGAUCCGGGGUCAGGCAAGGCUGUCCUCUCAGCCCACUCUUGUACGUGUUUGCAGUCGAUCCCUUCAUCCGAAGGGUCGAGGCAGGCACGUUACAGGGAGUGGCCAGGGCUCCGGAGAGGCCUUUACGGGAUGUUGCCUACGCUGAUGACAUCUCCAUAGUGGUCUCCAAUACUCGGGAGGCCACGGAGGUGGAUGAUUUAAUCCUAGCGUAUUCUGCCGCUUCAGCCUCUCGUGUCAACAGGGACAAGAGCGUAGUUUUCUGGUGCGGGAAGGAGGGGGACCAGUUUCCUCUUCCAGACGGUUUCCCGAGGGCCCAGCCUGAAAUUAAGAUCUUGGGGGUGGUGUUCGGACCAGAGGAUCUGGCUCUCAGGAACUGGACCGAACGGCUUGCCAUAGCUUCUAGCAAGGUGGAGGAGAGCCACAGGUGGAAACUGACGUUCAGAGAACGGGUGAACCUAAUCAAAACCUAUGUUCUGGCCGUAUUCGGCUACGUCAGUAACAUCUUCCUUUUGCCCAGGUCCCUCCACGCUCGGAUGUUUGCGCUGUUCUUCCGCAUGUUGUGGGGGAACAGGCUGAACCUCAUCAAAAGAGAGGUCACUUACCUGGCCAGAAAGGACGGGGGUCUGGCCAUGGUCAACCCCAUCGUUUUUUUAACUAACAACUUCCUGAAAAGGAACUUUGGGGCUCUCCUGAAGGAUGAGCAGCCUGGCUGGGUAUGUAUAUUCAGGGAGUGGGUCACACCUUUCCUGGUGGACUGGUUUCAGGGUGGGAGGGUGAAGAGCAUGAGAGUUCAGCAUUCUAGCUAUCUUCCGUCUUCGGUCAUCGAGGGAGUGGGAAUUCUGCACAGGUGGAACGUCACGGUGGAGGAGGUUCGGGACACUCCCAAGAAGCUUCUCGACGGGAGGGUCCUGGCCACCCACUUUGGCAUUCAGCUUGCUUUGAAGGACUGCCCGCCAAGUACUCUCGUCUCGGGGUUGAAAAACAUCAACUCCAGGCGCCUUCCGGAGAAAUACCAAGACGUGGCGUUUCUCUCCUUCCACGGUAGACUUUACGUUCGAGGGAACUUGAAGUACAGGAACAUAACGGAUCGUGGUUGUCCUCGGGUGGAAUGUUCCGGGGAAGUGGAGUCCAUGGACCACUUCCUCCUCGAGUGCCCCUUUAACGUACAGGUCUACAAAGAGGUCUCAGCCGCCUUAGGCAUCCCCUGCUUAUCCCGCUGGACUUAUGCGGAGUGGGCGUAUGGGACGUCCAACUCAAGGGGGCGGGCUUUUGA